AUGGGAUCAAGUCGGGACACGGGACCGGAACGAGCUCUCCGAUUCGGAGGCAUCUGGACCAAACUCCAACAUGGAAAGGCAUUGCAGAGCCCACUGCCUCAUGUGCAAUUCCUCUUGGCGCUAUCAUCUCUGGAGCCCAAGCAAACCUCGUCUGGGCAGCCCGGCUCAUUCCCUUGGGCACAGUCAGCCGGGAAUUCUCGGACGGCACUCGCAGAUAUCCCAGUCUCUGAAAAUAUCGCCCAAACUUCGACAGCGGCGGGAAUCAGCCAACUGACGAGUGGUCAAGCGGGAUUGAAUGGCGAUGAUCGCAAAGGUAAAGGCAAAAGCAAGGCGGAUAUCCUCAAUUCGUGGCGAGCGUCUCAAGCAUUCUCUGAGCAAUUGCUACUCCGUGACAUUCUUUACCUCUUGCAAGGUAUUGAUGGACAAUUCAUCCGGUUCGCAGUCCGGCCGCCGGAGGAACAGAAUCCUUACAAGUCUGCCAAAGCCAAGGCAGCAGAAGGGGCCGCUUUCGCACUGGGCAAAGAUGGUGAAGCAGGGACCAAGAGCGAAGACGGUGAAGUAGUCGGGAUCGACAUCAACGUAGAUGAGGCUGCCAACGGGAAUAUCUCCAAACCCACCAGGCUGCUCCUCAUGCAAAUUGCUGAGAUGGGGAUGCUCUACCGACAAAUCACGAAUUAUCUGGCGGUAAAGCAGACAGGGGGCUCGUCAAGAGGCAUGAUAGAGCAGAGCCUGUGUCAUUUCUUACACCAUGAGCUUUCAGAUUAUCACCGAUUGCUCGCUGUGCUGGAGACACAAAUGAAUCUCAAUCUCCAGGAGGCGAGCACUGGCCCUUCAAGUGAUGAUACCAACGAGAACGGUCGAGGUUUGACCCUCCUGCGAAUGGGAUUGUGGACAGAGGAGAUGAAGCUCAAGAUGCGAUAUCUGGCGGCGGUAGUCAGCGAUGCAAAAG